AUGAUGGCUCAUAAAGUGUUUUUGGUUGUGAUUGCUACAAUUUUUAUAACUAUUACGGCUGUGUCUAUAAACCAUGAAAACAAUGAAAAAGAACGGUAUGGAGACCAUAUGGACGAUAACGAUAUUGAAGAAUAUAGUGACAGAAAAGGGAAAAUAUUGUUUCCUUUCUUUAGCGUCGUACGUUUUGCGAACACUGAAUGUUCCAGUACAAAUGCCAUGAGUGGAACGUGUUUAGCGCGGAGAGAAUGCCACAACCUCAACGGUACAAUCACGGGCAAUUGUGCUUCUAGGAGGGGCAGAUGCUGUGUUGUGGCCAGAGGAUGUGGCUCCACCACCAACGUAAACAACACUUACUUUACCAGCCCAGGGUACCCUGCUGCAUACCCAGGGGGUGGAGCUUGCAGUAUUACUGUUUACAGAUGUAACAGCAAUAUUUGUCAGCUUCGCAUCGACUUCUUGGACAUGGUGCUCGCUCAGCCUGAUGGCGACGGUAACUGCAAUACAGACUCCAUAACAAUAACAGGCGGGAACACAGUAGUCCCAGUUAUUUGCGGGGAUAACACAGGCCAAACCCUGUUUGUGGACUUCAACGGAAAUACAGCGAUUACUAUUACCAUCACUGCAAGCGCAUCUACAACGUUCUCCAGAAGAUGGAACAUUAAACUUGUACAGCUAGGCUGUGAUUGUCCCGGGAUAGCUCCAAAUGGGUGCUUGCAGUACUACACCGGUACUUCAGGGACAAUAAAUAGCUUUAAUUACGGAACUGGAGCAAAUACGGCCCUGAGCGCGUCCCUUGUGACCGGCACUCGACAAAUGGUCAACUUGAACUAUGGAAUUUGCAUCCGAAUGGAAGCCGGUUAUUGUGCCAUUCAAUAUUCUCAGAGUGGCGGUGAUGUUUAUUCAUUUACUGUAUCUGGAGACGUGGAGGGCGCAGAUAACACUGUCCUCGGGACUGCAAUCGGUGCGUCUAACGAUGGCGCUUGCACCACAGACUACGUGGUUAUCCCAAACCCGACGGUGUCGUCAACAGGCCUCCCGGUAGGCACUGAUCGCUUCUGUGGCCUCGGAUUUGUCCCCGUACAGACUGCUGCCAAACCAUUCGUACUUUACGUGGUAACGAACGGUGAUGAAGGAGCAACAGCCACAACGUCGCCUGACAUCGCAAACAGGGGCUUCUCUCUUUCAUAUUCAGAAAUCGCCUGUUAA